GCUCUUAGUGUGGUGAUGGCAGCCUCUCGGUCAGGACUCGUCAUGGCACCACCAACGAUAAAGUCAACGGUGUUUUUACCGGUUGUCAUUCGCUUUUCUUCGCAGUUUUUCCGCGCUCCGGAAUAAAUUUUCGGCCGUUAGUAAUAAACGUUAGUUAUAAACGCAUUCGUUAACGAUCUUGCCGGUUUUCCGGUCGCAAAUCCCGAUAGCACACUCUAGAUAUACUCUUGUUCACACACAUGCAAACCUACAGGAUGAUUAUCUUGAUUGCAAUGAUACUACUCACCACAAAGGACGCUGUGGAGAGUUUCGAUUCGCACCUUCGCGGUCCAUCGUUUAUCAUGGAACCGCCGACACGUCUCGAAUUCUCCAACUCGUCCGGAGGCUGGCUAGAUUGUUCGGCUUCCGGCAGCCCACAGCCUUCGAUUGACUGGCUGUCGGUGGACGGCACUUCCGUCGGAGACGUUUCCGGCAUCCGCAGGGUGCUUCGGAACGGCACCUUGGUGUUACUUCCGUUCGCGGCCGCCGCAUACCGUCAAGACAUUCACAGCACCGUUUACCGCUGCGUCGCUUCCAACUCCGUUGGCAGGAUAAUCAGUCGUGAUGUCCAAGUUAGAGCCGUGGUGACUCAGGCAUACAAAGUAGAAGUGGAGGCUCUUGGAGCAGCAAGGGGUUGUACAGCAUUGCUGAAGUGUGUGGUGCCAUCGUUCGUAAAAGAGUUCGUACGGGUUGUAUCUUGGAUACAGGAACCAUCAUUCUAUAUCUACCCUUCGCUACAGGGAGAUGGAAAGUUUCAUCAACUGCCCUCCGGAGAUUUACUUAUUCAUAAUCUGGAGUUCAGCGAUCAAUUCGCAAUGUACCGCUGCAGAACGAUGCACAGGCUUAGUAGGCAAUAUACCGUCAGUGGACCUGCCAAUGUAAGAAUUACAGAGCACAGAGGCAUUGUGGCACCGGUGAUAGUCGAAAGCUCUGGAACGAUAACCGUCGCUCAAGAUGAGGGCGCCGCUUUGUUAUGUGUCGCACAAGGAUGCCCUGCGCCUGAAUACCGGUGGUACUCUCACACUGGUUUAGAACCUAGCCUAGUAAUGUCAGGUCCUCGAACACGUCAACUUGGUCCCGUUUUGGCUAUAGAAGCAGUAACCCCCGAAGAUAGUGGAUCUUAUCGGUGCAAAGCUUCAAAUGCAGGCGGUGAAGCGAGUGUGGAACUCAGAUUGAUUGUGUCUACUCCUCUACAUGUUGAAGUGACUCCACCGAUGCUCAGUAUUCACAUGGGAGGUAGUGCGGAAUUCCGGUGUUCCGUGUCGUCUCACAGUGGAGGUCCACAUUUGGUAACCUGGUAUAAAGAUGGUAGACAACUACCUAGUACUGGUAGAGGCUCUAGUGACACCUUGGUCAUUAAUAACAUCGGGAGAGAGGAUCGCGGAAUGUACCAGUGUGUUGUCAGAAGGGCUGAGGGCGACACCGCUCAAGCUGCUGCAGAAUUACAGUUAGGAGAUGCGCCACCUGUGUUACUAUACAGCUUUAUAGAACAAACACUCCAACCGGGACCUGCUGUUUCGCUUAAGUGUAGUGCUGCUGGGAAUCCAACUCCCCAAAUCUCUUGGACACUCGACGGAUUUCCAUUACCUAGCAAUGGCAGAUUUGUCAUUGGCCAAUACGUUACAGUUCACGGUGACGUCAUUAGCCAUGUUAACAUUAGCCAUGUAAUGAUCGAGGAUGGCGGCGAAUAUACUUGCACAGCUGAAAACAGAGCAGGAAAAACAUCACAUUCGGCAAGAUUGAAUGUUUACGGGAUGCCUUACAUUAGAUUGAUACCGAAGGUGACGGCAGUGGCUGGCGAAACACUUCAGCUGAAGUGUCCCGUUGCUGGAUAUCCAAUAGAAGAAAUUCACUGGGAGAGAGGCGGACGAGAACUUCCAGACGAUUUGCGACAAAAAGUUUUAGAAGACGGUACGCUCGUUAUCAGUCCGGUGGAAAAGAAAGCUGACUCUGGCGUAUAUACUUGUUGGGCUCGAAACAAGCAGGGACAUAGCGCAAGGAGAAGCGGAGAAGUCACAGUAAUAGUGCCUCCGAAAGUAAGUCCUUUUUACGCAGAGGAAACUCUGCAUGUCGGAGAUCGUGCCAGUUUGACAUGCACGGUAACGAAAGGAGAUCAGCCAUUGACGAUUUCGUGGCACAAGGACCACCGAGUCCUGGAUCCGUCACAAAUGGUCGUCAUCAAACAGGUGGACCAGUUCACUAGCAUAUUAGCAAUCGAGAGCCUGACACCAGAGCACAACGGGAACUACUCGUGCGUUGUGCGUAACCAGGCUGGCGAGGUAUCGCACACGCAGCAGUUGGUCGUCAACGUUCCUCCUAUUAUUGAGCCCUUUUCCUUCCAAGACGGGCUGUCGGAAGGCAUGCGAACUCGCACCGUCUGCGGCGUGAGUUCCGGGGAUCCACCACUCGUGGUCUCCUGGCUCAAGGACGGGCAGCCGCUGACACCCGCGCUGGCCGUAAACGUUUCGGCUCUUGACCCCUAUUCUAGUCUCCUCAGCAUUUCUAGUUUAGACUCGAGACAUUCUGGCGAUUUCACGUGCGUGGCCAGCAACCCAGCCGCCGAGGUCAGGUACACCGCCAAACUCCAGGUUAAAGUUCCGCCGAGGUGGCUGGUCGAACCUGCUGACGUGAGCGUUGAAAGGAAUCACAACAUCGCGUUACACUGUCAAGCGCAGGGCGUGCCCACACCCACUGUUACAUGGAAAAAAGCCACAGGUAGUAAGUCAGGAGACUACGAGGAAAUAAGAGACCAAAUUCACACCAAACUACUGGGAAAUGGGACCCUUUUGCUUCAACACGUGAAAGAAGACAGGGAAGGAUUCUACUUAUGCCAAGCAGAAAAUGGUAUCGGCACUGGCAUUGGGAAAGUCAUUCAACUACGAGUAAAUUCGUCCCCGUACUUUUCCCAGCCGUCUCGACUAAUAACUGUCAAAAAAGGGGACACGGCGACGUUACACUGCGACGUGAACGGCGAUAAACCCAUUAGCGUAAUUUGGUUAAAAGGCGGCAAGAGCGAAUUAAAUCCAUCGAACAACUACCGUGUGCACGUAAAACAGGACGGAACGCCCGAUGGCGUUGUGGCACAGCUUCAAAUCGCCAAUGCUGAAGCUUCGGACAGCGGCUCGUACUUCUGCCAAGCAAGCAACAUGUAUGGAAGAGACCAGCAAUUGGUACAGCUAUUAGUUCAAGAGCCUCCUCUUAGUCCUCAACAUCUGGAGGCAGCGAUGACCACCAGUCGAUCGGUCAAUCUGAAGUGGCAGCACAGAUCCGGAGAUUCGAAUGAAGUCUUCAAAUUUAUUGUGGAAUAUCGUGAAGUUGAUAGACCCUGGCAUCAUAUUGAAAUAUCAGAUAAUCCGCUACAAUAUGCUGCCCUUAUCGAAAAUCUAAAGCCUGCAACUCGUUACAUUUUUCGAGUAAUCGCAGAAGGUCCAGCAGGAAGAAGUAAACCGAGCGUUGAGCUAGUUAUAAGAACGGAAUCGCAAAGACCAGCAGGUCCUCCGUUAAACCUCGCUGUCCGACCCAUUUCAUCCACGGAAUUACUAAUCACUUGGAAUCCUCCCAUCAGCGAACUUCGGCAUGGAGAUAUUCAGGGAUAUAAUGUCGGUUUCAGAUCUCCAAAGAUGCAAGCGUAUAAUUACACCACAGUUUCGGGAGACGGUGAAGAUGGCACUGGAGAAUUGUUACUUGGUGGACUGUCUAAAUAUACCAAUUAUGCUAUUGUGGUACAAGCAUUUAAUGAAGUCGGACCUGGUCCGCUUACUGAACCAGCUUCAUCGCAGACCAUGGAAGAUGUUCCUAGUGCUCCUCCGGAAGAUGUCCGAUGUGCUGCUCUUACAUCUCAAUCUCUCCAAAUUAGUUGGCAACCACCACCAAUCGAACAUUGUAACGGUUUGUUAGAAGGGUACAAGUUAACCUACGAACCAGUAGUUGAUGAUAACUGGAGAGGAACGGACGAUAUAGAGACCAGAAAAACUACAGCACUCACUACAGUCAUAACAGGUCUCAGGAAGUUCACGAACUACAGUCUACAAGUUCUAGCGUUUACUAAAGUGGGAGAUGGUGUUUCAACUGAGACAUUUUAUUGCAAAACCGAAGAAGAUGUGCCUGGUCCUCCGAUCGAUAUCAAAGUGAUAGUCAGUUCUCCGCAAGCGCUUCUGAUAUCCUGGUUACCUCCUCAAGAGCCAAAUGGAAUUAUUACUAAGUACAUCUUAUAUAAACGAAGUGUUGAUGGGAGAGACAAUGAAAACCAGAGAGAAACAAUUUCCAGUAAGCAAACAAGUUACGAGGCGAAAGGUUUGGUGGCCCAUACGGAAUAUCAAUUUUGGGUGAGCGCGACUACGAGAAUUGGUGAAGGUAGCAGUUCGAAAGUGGUUUCACAGGUUUCGUCAGGACGAGUGCCAGCACGGAUCUAUUCGUUUGGAGGAAAAGCAGUUCGACCGUGGAGAGGUUCAAUAGCCCUCCAAUGUCUCGCAGUGGGUUCGCCCAGGCGAGAAUGGCUUCGGGGCGAUCAAAUUCUUAAACCCGGUACAAGCCACAAAAUAAAUUUCUUGGAUACUGGGGAACUCAUUAUAAUGAAUUUGCAAAUAUCGGAUGCCGGAAAUUACACCUGCCAAGUAGAUAAUGGCCAGGGCUCGGACAGGAUUACGUACAAUUUAAUAGUUCAGAUACCACCAGAGGCACCCACCUUAUUCGUUACUAGUGCCACCAGCAGUAGCGUUCUGCUUCAUUGGAAAUGUGGCAAUACUGGUGGGGCGCCUGUUAGUGGUUUAAUACUCAGUUAUAGAAAGGAGCACGGGGACUUGAGUGAAAUUAGGCUGUCAAGACAUGCUUCAAGUUAUGAACUAAAAGGACUUCUCUGUGGUACCCAGUACCACAUUUACUUAUCAGCUCUAAAUAAAAUAGGAAGUUCUCCUCCAAGUUCCGUAUUAAAGGCUAGGACUCAAGGCCAUCCUCCAGGAGUUCCAGCACCUAGCGCAUUCAUUUUUCCUAAUUCAACUUCCGUUAUCCUACGACUGCAUAUUUGGCCUGACAAUGGCUGUCCUAUAUUAUACUUUAUAUUACAAUACAGGAAGACUUCGGAAGCUCAGUGGACUUUGGUUUCAAAUGCUUUGAAACCUCAACGGCGAACUUCUAUUACUGGACUGACUCCGUCAACACGAUACGUCGUUAAAGUGGAAGCUCACAAUGUAGCAGGGUUUUCAAACGAAGAAUUUCAUUUUACAACGUUAACUAAGGACGGAGAUGCUCCGCCUCCGGAUUUGAUGUUACAAGGGAAUGACAAUAUGCCGUUUUACAGUGAUAUGAGAAUUGUAGUGCCAUUGAUAAUCGCAUUAGCCAUUAUUUUAUUUGCUAUUGUAGCAGGAAUAGUCUGUAUGAAAUCGCGCCAAAUUGAAAGUGCCAAAGAACAAUUAGAUAAUGAACAGAAUUCUGAAGCUCAAAGGGAACGUUACUACGCAACCAUCCACAAAGUUGCAUUGCAGGCAGGAGAAAAAAUUCCAGAAACGUCCGAAGAUAUUUCUCCGUAUGCAACAUUUCAAUUAUCUGAACCUAGCACACUGCCGCAAAACACAAUGCUACACAGCUUCAUGUAUCACGAACAUGCAAUGACUGAAGGGUGCGCUUCCCCACCCCCAGCAACAUCAUCAGUACAUCGAAAUUCCCCUUACUAUAAUGUUCAAAAAUUUCAGAGUUCAAAAGGUCACGGGAAGAGGAGAAGAAAGGCUGACGUAGAGAGCGAUGAGUCUGAAUCUGAUCAAGAUCAAUUAACAUCAAGUAGAACGGAGUCUUCCAAUCAUUUAGAUUUGAAACAUAAGCAAAACUUCGUUUAUCACGGUGCUCAUUCAAGUACCUCAUCAGACAUAUCACCCAUGUCCGAACAAAAAUCACUGCCACGCAGAAAUCGUUCAAGGUGGUUGUAUCAGGGUAGCACAAAAUCGGCAAGACAAAUGCUGCCAACGUUAUCAGUGGCCGAAACGGCUUUUGCAGAGCGAGAAAGACUAUCGCAACCCGAAUCGAAUACACCAGAUCGACCUGAAUUGAGUGAGGCCGAGUGCGACAUCGACACAUUGAAAAAGCUCAAAUUAGGUCUACGUUCUUCGUUAUGGUCGCGACCCAGCACUACCGGGUCCAAUCAGCAGUCAGACUAUUCUAUAGCCGUUUAAAUGUGGUCUUAAAUAAAUAGACGUAAUACAUUUCUCGAUGGUUGAAUAAUUGUUAAUAAUAUUAUUAAACAAAAACAAAAAAAUCAAAAUAUAUUUCAGUUAUUUACUAUUGAAAAUUGAACGUUUGUACAAAAAAUAAGAAGACAUUUUGUUACUCAAAUUUUAAUGUUUGGAUAAAUUUUAUAACGACACAAUCAAAAUAUUGUAGGUAUAAAAUCAAAUAUUCUUCCAAGAGUUUUACUAUGUACCUAUUUAUCUAGUGAUACAGGACCAAAUUAUAUAUGUCUGGAAUGCUAAAUUCAGUUCUCACUACCAUUAUUGUCAAUAAAAUGUCAUAGUUCAACAAUAAAUACAUUAUCGAUUA